AUGUCGUGCAGAUGUAUAGACACUGCACUGUCAAUCAGUUUUGAGAAAUUGGGUCGUUUGAUAGGCCAAUAUCCGGGAUAUUUUGUGAUUGUGCCCAUACUGUUGGCUGCACUGUUGGCCACCGGUUUGCAACGUCUGCAUUAUGAAGACGACCCGGAGUACCUGUUCUCGCCAUCAGAUGGUCGCUCAAAGACCGAGAGAGCCAUCAUUGAUGACUAUUUCCCUAUGAAUUAUAGCUCUAAUUUUAAUUUGGGACGAAUCACACAUAAGGGUCGCUUCGGGCGAAUCAUUGUUGUGGCCAAAGAUGACAGUAAUAUUUUGCGCCGACAAAUAUGGGAUGAGAUCAUGCAAUUGGAUCAAUCUAUACGUAAUAUGUCCAUUGAAUGGGAUGACACGCAAUGGACAUAUGAUGAUCUGUGUGCUAAACAUGAGUUCAAGUGCUGGCAUAACGACAUACUAGACUUUGACAACCGGAUCACUGAAAUUGAAGAAAAAAAGUUUUUCUUGAAGUAUCCCAUUUGGAUCAAUCAUAAUAUAUAUAAGGCUUACUUCUUUCCAGCGUAUAUGGGAGGCGUCAAAGAGGACGCCAAUAAUCUGGUCGAGUCGGCCAAAGCCAUACAUCUCAUGUACUUUUUAGACACUACUAUCAAAAAGGGUGAUAUAAGGGGACAUCUCUGGGAACAGGCAUUUAUGAAACACAUCGCAAAUACUAAAUUUAAAUCAAUAUCUGUGGCCCGAUUUGUGUCGACUACACUGCAAACAGAAUUGGAGGCCAACACUCAUUCAUUGGUCCCAUUCUUCAGUAUAACGAUCAUCAUUAUGUUAAUCUUCAGUGUGGGCACCUGUAUGAUGGCUGACUGGGUUCUAAGUAAGCCAUGGCUCGGUCUAUUGGGUUGUGUGUCGGCCGGCUUUGCAGUGGCCGCCGCUUUUGGUCUCUGCGUGUAUUGCGGUAUCGAAAUGAUAGGAAUCAAUUUGGCCGCACCUUUCCUUAUGUUAGGUGUCGGUAUGGAUGAUGCGUUUGUAUUGUUGGCCGCCUGGAGACGGACUAACCCAUUGAUGACAGUGUCCGAGCGAUUGGGACACACAUACUCAGAGGCAGCCGUUUCCAUAACUAUCACAUCAGUUACUAAUUUCAUCUCAUUUAUGAUCGGAACAAUAACUCCAUUUCCAUCAGUAAGAAUAUUCUGCAUCUACACAGCCGUAGCCGUACUCUUCACAUACAUAUAUCACAUAACAUUUUUCGGCGGUUGUAUGGCUUUCUUUGGUCACGCAGAGAGACGUAAUCUUCACGGCCUGUUAUGCAUACCUGUUAUGCCUAAAUCAUUAGCUGAAGGAAAAGGCUAUUUCUUUCGCAUGCUAUGCACGGGUGGCAAAAACCCGGCCGAUCCUAACAAUCCAAAAGAUAAUAAAGAGCAUAUAAUGAUGAUAUUCUUCAGGGAUGUAUUGGCCAAUGCUCUAAAUCGGACACCAAUCAAAUUGUUGGUAAUUUUUGUGUUUUUUAUAUACCUGUCUAUUGGUAUCUACGGCUGUACAAUGGUUAAGGAAGGACUCGAUCGUAGAAAGUUAUCGCGUGAUGACUCAUAUUCGGUGCAAUUUUAUGACUACGAGGACCGAUACUUCAGGGAAUAUCCUUAUAGAAUACAAGUGGUCGUCAAUGAAACACUCAAUUAUGCCGAUCCGGAAGUCCAGAAAAAAAUCGAGAGUAUGUUAGAAAAGUUUGAAGAAAGUCCUUUUGUUGCCGACAAAAUACUCACAGAAUCGUGGCUCAGGGCUUACCAAACAUUUCUCAAUCAAGAGGAUAGCUUCCUAUUCCUUCAAGCGCUCAACAUAUCGGAUCAAUUAGACUUUAAUCGAGGUCUCAGAGAUAUCUUUCUUCAUUUUCCAUUGACUGAAGCGUUCAGAAACGACAUUGUCUUCAAUGAUGACGGCUCUGAGAUAAUUGCCACCCGUUAUAUAAUACAAACCAAGAAUAUAAUGGAUGCAAAUAUGGAGAAAGAAAUGUUAAUUGGUUUGCGUCACAUCGCUGACAGUUUUCCAACUCCGGUCACUAUAUUUCAUCAAUAUUUCAUUUUCUUUGAUCAGUUUGUGUUAGUCCGAAGUAUAUCAAUACAGACCAUAUCUGUAGCGGCGGCCGUAAUGAUGGUUAUAUCACUUAUAUUCAUACCGUCCCCUUCGUGUGCCAUUUGGGUCGCUUUUUCCAUUAUUUCUAUAGAGAUCGGUGUAAUCGGUUAUAUGACUCUAUGGAAUGUUAACUUAGACUCCAUAUCAAUGAUUAACUUAAUUAUGUGUAUCGGCUUUUCAGUCGACUUUUCGGCGCACAUAUCAUAUGCUUACAUAUCUGCCAACGAAAUUGAUCCAAAAGAGAAGGUCCGGUCAGCGCUAUACUCAUUAGGUUUGCCUAUAUUUCAAGGAAGUGUAUCAACAGUGUUGGGCAUUAUAGCGCUGGCAUUUGCGCCGUCAUAUGUUUUCGUCACUUUUUUUAAGACUGUCUUUUUAGUCAUGUUAUUUGGUGCCACUCAUGGAGUACUUUUGCUACCAGUCCUGCUGUCUAUAACAGAUUUAUGUUGUAGUAGUAGCAGCCAAUCGGCCAAAUACAAGUCAUCCAAUUUGGGAGAUCAAAACAAUCCACCUUUUUUUGUGGGGGACAAACACUUUGACGGCAAAACUAUUAUGCAAAACGGAGCGCCUAUUUUCAUUCCGCGACCAACUUUUACCGAACUGGCCGCAGACCAAAAAGUACCUUAUCGUCGAUCAGACGAAGACUGUGCCACCACUUCCAAGAGUUCUGCUUCUUCUGAUGGAAGUGUUGUCGCUGAGAAAGACUUGGGUUUAGGUACCAGUGCUGAGGAGUGCAGUGAAGGCAGUUGGAAGGGUAGUAAAAGCCAAACCAAUAAUGUGGUCACCAAACAGUCAGAUAUUAAUCACAUGACUGACAAUAAUAUUUCAACCAAUGCUUAUGCAAAUAUGUUGAGAGACUGGUCUCAAGUGAGUGCAAAACAAUACUCAAACAAUGGUCAUACAAAUGAUGGAUACAUAAGCGAUAGCACUGACUUCUAUGGUCACUAUUCAUCCAAAAACAAACAAAAUCAAUCAAAAGGUAUGACCACCGGUCAGCACAGGAUAUCAGUUUAUCAUCAAAUAGCUGACGCAACACACACUGACCGUAAUGUAUGGGAACGACAAUCGGCACCGUCGGCACCGUCGACAUCGAAAAAUAAGAAAACUGACAAAAAUAAAGAUAAAUCAGAGAAUAGCUAUUUAGUAGAAGUGGAUGCAACACAUCGGCACCGGGAGAAAGAUCGUGAUGACCAACGACACAGGGAUAGAGAAAGACAUCGCAUUUUGAAUAAUAACAUCGAAGUCAUGUCUUCCCGGAUCGAUAGAAAUAUAGCCAAUAGAUAUAAUGGGUUUCGCCCUCAAUAG